AUGAACUUGGAUCUAAGCCAAACCACGUUUCACGUCGACUCCCAGACAGUUCUCAGAUGGAUCCAUUCUGCUAACGUUAAAUACGAAGUGUUUGUGGGCAAUAGAAUUGGAAAGAUUCUAAUGAAAACCGAUUAUCGACAAUGGCGCCACGUACCAGGAAUCAUGAAUCCAGCAGACGUUUGCAGUAGAGGAUUGGAUCCCGACAAUCUCAAAGAGCUACAGCAGUUCCAUAAAGGACCAGCCUUUCUGUUGUUGGAACCUCCAUUAUGGCCAAAGUGGGAUCAAAUCGAACAAAACGACCAUCAAGAUCCCGAAGCCAUUCAUGUCUACACAACGAAAACUGAGCCCAGUGAUAAUGUGAUUGACCAGUGCGUGGAAUAUUAUUCAAACAAAGUGCGCCUGGGGCGAGUGCUUGCGUGGUGUUUGCGUUUCAUUGCAAACUGUUGUGCCAAAGUAAAGCAAUCAAAGGUGACUUCAGGAGAACUAACGCCAGUCGAAACUGAAGUAGCUCUGGCAAUGUGCAUUCAACGUGCACAAGAAGUGGCAUACCCAGAAGAUGUGUCGUUCUUAAAAAAGGGAAAGGAGCUGCCAAACCGGUCGAAACUCAAGCAGUUUCGACCAUUUAUCGGUGAACAACACCUAAUGCGAGUGGGCGGUCGAAUUGGUCAAGCACCUGUCGACUAUGUAACAAGAUAUCCAGUGAUUUUACCUCCAGAGGAACGUAUCACAAGUCUAAUAGUAUGGAAUGCUAAGGUUCGAAAUUACCACAUUAAGGCCGACCGCUUAUUGUACGAACUUCGAACGAUGUACUGGAUAACCGCUGGACGAAGGGUAAUCAAAUCUCUACUCAACAAGUGUAUUCCCUCCAAGCGAAAAAAUUCACAACCAGUCGCACCACUCAUGGCUCAGCUAACAGUUCAUCGUAUAACGCCUUUCUUGCCUCCGUUCGCUCAUACAUGA